AUGUCGUUGUUGAAGUUGCUGGCAGCGGAUGCCGCUCCUGGCCCCAUAAUUGUCCGCUCUGCCGCUCCGAGUGUGGGUCCGGAGCCGGCCAAAACAAGUCACAUCAUGGCCUUUGACCCCACACUUCCAAUCUACAAGCACGAGAUUCCAAAGAAGUUGGUGAAGGACAAUACCAAGCUUGACGAAGCACUCAUUGACAUUUUCGGAGCCUGGGACUUUAAAUUCGUCAAUCGCUAUGACGCAACAAAGGAAACGAUCACAAUCGAAACAAAUGAUGAUAGGUCGAUGGACUUGAAGAAAAAACUGCAAGAGAAGGAAGCUCUGGAGCAAGACUAG